AUGGCUCUGAUCGCGGCGGAUUUGCUUGGGGCUUACCCCGGGUCAACCUGGGCCCUGGCCGCUGUCAUACUCGCCGCCGGCAUCAUCCUCUUCAACGUCAUCUACAACUUCUUCCUGCACCCCCUCUCCCCAAUCCCCGGCCCCAAACUCUGGGCGGCCUCGUACAUCCCCUACACUCUAGUCUGGCUGACGGGCCGCCUCCCCUUCGUCGUUCACUCCCUUCAUGAAAAAUACGGCGACGUGGUCCGCCUGACACCCUCCCGCGUGUCCUUCACGCACCCGGACGCCUGGAAUGCCAUCCGCGGCCACCGCAAGGCAGGCCAGGGCGAGAACGGCAAAGACCCCUUGUUCUAUGCCAUGACGAGGCACAACAUCCUCGGCGCUGACCGCGCUGACCAUAACCGUUUCCGGCGGAUUCUGGCGCAUGGGUUUUCGGCCAAGGCAAUGCAGGACCAGCAGCCGCUUAUUGUGAAGUACGUUGAUUUGUUGAUUGACCGGUUGCGUGAACGCACCGGGAGCCAGAAGGGGGAGGAUGGACAGACAAAACCUCACCCAGCCGUGGUAGACCUCGCGGCGUGGUUCAACUUCACCACGUUCGACGUGAUCGGCGACCUGUCCUUUGGCGAGCCUUUUGGCUGUCUCGAGAGCUCGCAGUACCAUCCGUGGGUGUACGCCAUCCUGAACGGCGUAAAACAGUUUGGCCCGAUCAUGGCUAUUCGGUUCCAUUUCCCCCCCGUGCUGUUCGACCUCAUACGCGUGCUCUCCCGGGUCUCCCCAAAGAGUUACUUCGGAAAGCAUUGGGAGACGCAGACCGAGUUUGCCCGACAGAAGAUUGCCAAGCGCCGGCGGCUGGGGGAGAGCAGGCCUGAUUUUGCCGAGGCUAUGCUUAAGGCUAAGAGUGAGGAUGGGAGGAUGUUGAGCGAGGAGGAGUUGGCUUCUAAUGCGAGGCUGUUGGUUUUGGCUGGGAGCGAGACCACGGCUACGGCGUUGACGGGGGCGGCGUAUUUUUUGGCGACACAUCCGGAUGUGCAGAGGAAGCUGGCUGAAGAGGUCAGGUCGAGUUUCAAGGCGGAGGGAAAGAUUGAUUACUUUAGUGUCAAUCAGCUCAAGUACAUGCUGGCGGUGUUGGAUGAGUCGAUGAGGAUGUAUCCGCCGGUUCCGAGCAACCUGCCUAGGGUUUGUAUGCCGGGAGGGGACGUCAUCUUGGGCUAUCGGGUGCCCGAAGGGACUCACCUAGACAUCUGGCCGUGGGCCAUGAACUACUCGUCGCGGAACUUCACCUCUCCUAACGAGUUCAUCCCCGAACGCUGGCUCGACCAGGACGAGCACAAGGGCCGGCGUUUCGACAAGGAGAGACACUCGGCAUUCCAGCCAUUCUCUGUCGGACCACGCAACUGCAUUGGCAAGAACCUGGCCUAUGUCGAGAUGAGGUUGAUCCUAGCCAGACUUCUCUGGAACUUUGACUUGUCCCUGGCAGAUGAAGCAUCUACGCAGUUGACCAAUGGCCAAAUCUUUAGUUUAUGGGUCAAGAAGCCGCUCAAUGUGCGGCUGACUCCGGUUGUCAGAAGUCAUGUCUAG